AUGCCCUCUCUAAUUCGACUGUGUCGUUCGUUACUAUUCGAUACCCAAUACUUUCAUGUCUUGUCACUCUUGGUGGUACUUGGGGAUGCUAUUAUGUCCUUACUCAUCCUCAAGCUCGUUCCGUACACGGAAAUCGACUGGGAAACCUAUAUGAUUCAUGUACAGUUAUAUGAUAAAGGGCAGCGCGACUAUUCAAGAAUAACGGGGCCCACAGGCCCAUUAGUAUACCCAGCUGGUCACUUAUGGAUCCACCUCGCCCUAGAACGAAUUACGAGUGGAGGCACCCUCAUCCCGCUUGCACAGAAGAUCUAUACGGCACUCUAUUUGAUUUCUUUGGCAUUAUCCUGUGCAAUUUAUGGUAAAUCCACAGGUGUUCCAAACUGGGCACUACUGUUUUUACCGCUUAGCAAACGUCUGCAUUCAAUUUAUAUCCUACGCCUGUUCAACGAUUGUUGGUCCGUGGUUUUAAUGCAAUGCGCGAUACUCGCGUUCCAGAACGCGUGGGACGAUACUGGAGUUUUACUUUACGCUGCCACUUUGUCAAUCAAGAUGUCGAUACUACUAUAUCUUCCCGGUGUUAUAGUGAUUCUGGUCAAACGCAAAGGUCUGAUCUACACUAUUCGAAAACUAGUCACCAUUGCCGGAAUCCAGGCCGCAAUCGCCCUUCCUUUCAUGCAAGAGAACUGGCGUGCAUACCUGCGAUCAGCCUUCGACCUUUCCCGUGUAUUCUUGUACAAAUGGACAGUCAACUGGAGAAUGAUUCCAGAGACGGUCUUCUUGCAUCCAAGCUGGACGAAGGCAUUGUUGAUUGGCCAUGUAUCCGUACUAAUAUGUUUCGGAAUGUUUUGCUGGUGUAGCCCUGAUGGUGGGCCAAAGGCGACUGUGAGUCGAGCUCUUCGUCGCCCUUGGACACCUGCGAGGAUUGCCCCAGUGUCAGCUGACUUUGUUACGGUGACAUUGUUUACCUGCAACUUGAUUGGCCUACUCUUUGCAAGGUCCCUACACUACCAGUUCUAUAGCUGGUAUGCACAGCAAAUACCACUCCUCUUAUUCAGGACUACUUAUCCAUUCCUUGUCAAAAUUGCGCUGCUUCUUGCCAUUGAAUACUCAUGGAAUGUGUUCCCUUCGACGAUUAUAUCCUCCUCUGCUUUGCUGGGGGCACAUGUUAUUCUUCUCGUUGGAAUACGGUAUGGUUAUCCUUGCGGGAUUUUGUCACCUCGACAACCUCAUGCUGCACGUAGAAGUAAAAAUACAUAA